ACUGACAGCAGAAGGUGUCGAUGUUGAAGACGACGCAGAGGAUAUAUCAGGCAGAAGCAGAAACUUGUGACUCGUCUUUGGUUUUCCUCACGCUGGCUGAGUGACAUUUAGAUUAUGAAGGAACACGUCUGUCAUAAUCUCUAACCUGGAAGCUUAUCAGUGCCAUUGAAAAAGCUUUAGCUGGUGUUUUUGUCUUUAUCUGUGACGUCUGUGCCGGUCUUUCCUCAGGGCUGUUAUUGUGGCCCGACACACGAUCAGCGAUGAAUAAUUAACCCAGAGAUCAGCUUCAGUGAAAGUUUAUUCAGAUCUCACUCUGAUCUCUCUGUCUCUCGCUUGUGAGCGUCUCAGUUUGAUUGUGACGUAACUGGGGGAGAAGUUAGUGAGCCCAGCGCCUGUAAUCUGGGAUCUCCUUACAGCAGGAAACAGAGAAAGCUUACAACACUUUCAUGGCUAUGAAAGCACAGUCUCAUUUUUCUCUUCUCAAAAGAUAUUGAAAUCAGUGUGGAUUGUUUCAUCAUUUACUGCGGUUUCCAGCUUUGGAAUAUGGUCUCAGUGUAGCCGUAUGUCAUGGCCUGCAGUGUUGCUAAAGCAGGUCCUGCUAAUGGCUUCCCUAUGAAAGCGCAGCUGCAGAUCAUGGUGAUCUCGGCCAAACUCAAGGACAACAAGAAGAACUGGUUCGGCCCGAGUCCGUAUGUGGAGGUGUGUGUGGACGGCCAGUCCAAGAAGACGGAGAAAUGCAACAACACACACUCGCCCAAGUGGAAGCAGUCGCUCACUGUGAUUGUGACUCCGUUCAGCAAGCUGAUCUUCCGUGUUUGGAGUCACCAGACACUGAAAUCGGACGUUCUGCUGGGUGUGGCAACCCUCGACGUCAGCGAGACGCUCAAAUCACAUGACAUGAAGAUCUGUGAGGUGGUGCAGACGCUGCAGCUGUGCACAGACAGAGAUCAGUCUGAUAACAUCGGCGAUCUGUCCGUGUGUUUAGACGGUCUGCAGGUGGAUCCUGAAAUGUUCCAGUCGACCGAGGCCAACAACCAGAAUACUUUAAAUGGAGAAUCUGAGCUUAAUGACGACUCAAACAGAAGAAGCAGAGAUCCGUCUCCAUCGGUUGCAGACGGUCAGGAGCAGCCGGCGGCUCCUAAUGGCCGUGUGAACGGCAUGGACUCUCCUUCAGCGUCAUCCAGAGGGUCGCGACCCCAGAGACCCCCGCGACCCUCGCGACCUCCGCCGCCAACCCCUCGCAGACCCACGUCCUCCCCAGCUUCUUCCACUAGCUCAUUUCCUGAUGGCAGCGAUUCAUCCCAUUCAGACACUCCGGUUCGGAAUCCCACUGGAGGCGGAGCCCCAGACUCUAGCCCCGCCCCCACAGUGGAUCAGCCUGGUAGGACGUCCCUCAGCGUAGUCCCCGCCCCCAGCAGGAUUCCCAGCAUGGCCAACCCUGCACCGCUCCCGUCUGGUUGGGAGCAGCGUGUCGAUCAGAACGGCCGUUUGUAUUAUGUUGACCAUGUGGAAAAGAGGACGACGUGGGAGAGACCGGAGCCUCUGCCGACGGGAUGGGAGCGGCGUGUGGACCCGAUGGGCCGGGUGUAUUUUGUGGACCACUUUAGCAGAACCACCACGUGGCAGCGGCCCACGAUGGAGACGGUGCGAAACUACGAGCAGUGGCAGCAUCAGCGCAGUCAGCUGCAGGGAGCCAUGCAGCAGUUCAACCAAAGAUUCAUCAUUGGGCUGCAGGAUCAGGCUUCAGCCACCCAGAAUAAGGAAUUUGACCCGCUGGGACCUCUGCCACACGGAUGGGAGAAGAGAACGGACAGUACUGGCAGAGUUUACUUUGUUCAUCACACGACCAGAACGACGCAGUGGGAGGAUCCGCGCACACAAGGUUUGCUAAAUGAGAAGCCACUGCCGGAAGGUUGGGAGAUGAGGUUUACUGUCGAUGGCAUCCCUUACUUCGUCGAUCACAACCGGAGAGCCACCACUUACAUCGACCCACGGACUGGAAAAUCCUCUCUUGAGAAUGGCCCUCAAAUCACAUACGUACGAGACUUCAAAGCCAAAGUUCAGUACUUCAGAUUCUGGUGUCAGCAAUUAGCAAUGCCACAGCACAUAAAGAUCACCGUCACCCGCAAAACUCUGUUUGAAGACUCGUUCCAGCAGAUCAUGAGUUUCAGCGCUCAGGAUCUCCGGCGCAGGCUGUGGAUCAUCUUCCCCGGGGAGGAGGGGCUUGACUAUGGAGGCGUGGCCAGGGAAUGGUUCUUCCUGUUAUCUCACGAGGUGUUGAACCCCAUGUACUGCCUGUUUGAAUACGCUGGCAAAGACAACUACUGCCUUCAGAUAAACCCCGCCUCCUACAUCAACCCCGACCACCUCAAAUACUUCCGCUUCAUUGGACGCUUCAUCGCCAUGGCCUUGUUUCAUGGGAAAUUCAUCGAUACGGGCUUCUCGCUGCCAUUCUACAAGCGCAUCCUGAACAAGCCCUUGGCUCUGAAAGACCUGGAAUCCAUCGACCCGGAGUUUUACAACUCGCUCAUCUGGAUCAAGGAUAAUAACAUCGAGGAGUGCGGGCUGGAGAUGUUUUUCUCAGUGGAUAAGGAGAUCCUGGGUGAGGUGUCGACUCACGAGCUGAAGCCGGACGGCGGGAACAUCCAGGUCACAGAGGAGAACAAAGAGGAGUACAUCAGGCUGGUGGCGGAGUGGCGUCUGUCUCGUGGUGUCGAGGAACAGACUCAAGCCUUCUUUGAAGGAUUUAAUGAAGUUCUUCCGCAGCAGUACCUGCAGUAUUUCGAUGCCAAAGAGCUGGAGGUGAUGUUGUGUGGAAUGCAAGAAAUAGAUCUGAAUGACUGGCAGAGAAGCACCAUUUACAGACAUUACACCUCCACCAGUAAACAGAUCCUGUGGUUCUGGCAGUUUAUUAAAGAGAUGGACAAUGAGAAGCGCAUGAGACUGUUGCAGUUCGUCACCGGCACCUGCCGUCUGCCUGUCGGAGGCUUUGCAGACCUGAUGGGGAGUAAUGGACCGCAGAAGUUCUGCAUCGAGAAGGUUGGGAAGGAGAACUGGCUUCCCCGCAGCCACACAUGUUUUAAUCGUCUGGAUCUGCCGCCGUACCGCAGUUACGAGCAGCUGAAGGAGAAACUGAUGUUUGCUAUUGAGGAGACGGAAGGAUUCGGACAGGAGUGACAUACACACUCACACACACACACACACACACACAAAAAGAGGACAUCCAGAUCUCAUGCACACUAGUUUUACUGAGAGGACAGACCGAUGAUCUGACACACAGGUGCGUUAUGGGAAAAUGAGGGUUUCUGCGCUCACCUGUCACUUGGUAUUAAUUUCUGUAUCCCCGUGAGACGAGGAGGCUUUAUGCAAGCGUGUCAGAAACGUGACGCUGACGUUUCUACAUGUGAUUAAUCCAGCGAGUGCUGUUCUGAACGACUCCAGAAGAAAGAGCAGACGCUCUGAAGAGCCCCAGAACGAUCGGAAUGAUUCACCAGAGCUCUGUGAAUGUUUGUUUUUAUGUUCACAAACCCUUCGAUGGGUCUCCUUGUGCCUUUUUUCCUCACUGUCAUCCAAACAAACUGAGUUAUUGACGUGUAGCACUCGACAGCAGCAGGAUCUUCAGGCGAGGACCUGAUGGCUUGUUGCACAACUGAUCAAAUUAUUAAUUCAGACUGUCAAGAAAUGGCCAGUUUCAUCCCAAAUUCAUUUAGAAAUUGUGUUUUGCACAAAUAUAAGGACAAUUAAGGUAUUUUGCAUUGCGACUUUAAAAUUAAAACACAUUCAUGACAAUUAAACACAUUUUUACAAAUUCUCAUUAUUAUAAUGUGGAAAAAAUGCUUUUCCAUGUUCUUGUAACUGUAAAGUGAAAAAAAAAACAGUAUAUAUAUAUGCUUUCAAUUGCAAGUAAACAUUGUGUUGUAGUGAAUUUAACUUGUGCUGAUCUAAACAAAAAAAUAAUAAACAUUUAACCAAACUAAUACAUUUAAUAAAUAAUUAAAUAACAACAGAUUUUUUUUUACAGAAAUGAAUUUUUCCACAUUAUGCUAAUGUCAAUUUAAAAAAAUGUAAAAUGUUUGACUUGCAUGAAAAUACUGUUGCAGUGCAAAUAAUUGUAACGUAAUGCUCUUUAUGCUCAGUAUAUUUGUUUUUAUAUAUAUAUAUAUAUAUUUAAAGAACGUUGAAAAACAAAUAUAUAAUAUAUUAAUACAAUAUUUAAAAAAAAAAAUAUAUAUAUAUAUAUAUAUAAUAUUUAUAUGAAUUUUGAGGUGAAACAUGGCUUGGACAUUUCUAAAAUGAUGCAAGAAAAGGUUUGCGUGAUUUCAGGACGUUCUUGUUCUUGGUCUCCGGUGUUUCUGAUUUCAUGCUCUGGUUCUCCAGCACAGAUUCACAUUACUAAAUGAUUUCUCUGAAAUGAACUGAAAUUGUGUGGUUUUCAGUCGCGGCGCUGGCCUUGAAUCCCUGAAGCGAUAAUGUGAGUUUAUUUGGGCCUAAAUUUGGUAGCGUGUAGUAUUUAUCACAGGUACCGCUCUAGUUCUAUAGAGCGGCUGCUUUAAACGCAGCUUUUUAAGUAUUCUGGAAGCUCUUGGGCUGUUCAGAUCAUAGUUUAUUUCAUGUUUCAUGAAUUAUUUGAAGUGAAUCUUGUCUAAACCACUGGAGGAGCCCAAAGCCCUGCUAUAAAGCGUACAUCUGUGGUUCAGCGCAUUGCAUUGUGGGUAAUAAUAUCAAGCCUCUUAUGGAUGACUGUUUUAGGGUGUCAGGGAGGAUCUUUUAGAUUUUCAGAAAAUAAAUCAACAUCAAAUAUUUAUUUAAACAGCUAUUUUUAUCCAAUUUACCCUGUUUGAAUGAGAAUUUAACCAGUGAAGUCCUCAGGAUGAUAGUUUAUAUGUGAUACGGCUCUCAUUUUGACUUUUGUUUUCUCCGACUGAUCCAUGUAAACCAAACUACUUUGACUCUGUAUAUGAACUGAAUCCUGUACAUGGUGUGAAUACUCUCCUCUGUCUUCAGAUUAAUCAGAUGAUUUUAGUAUUAAAGUAGAAGCGGCCGCUUUCACGGUCGUUUCAGAGUUUAUUUACUAGCGUUGAUUUGUAUGUAUAGUCAAAUGUGAAAAAAUGUUCAGCAGUUGAAUAAAUAAUUCUAUGGGAAAAUGUC